CAAACCCUAGCGCAACGAAACAAGCGACACACAACUCGCCUUUCGGUGAAAUUGGGAGGCAUUUUUCUAUUGUUUUCCGAUUCGUUGUUGCGUGCGGUUGCAUCGUGAAUGCACAGGUGAAGUGCCCUGCUGCCGUACAGUAAGGAGUGUAUGUGUGUGAAAAGUGAGAUAUAAUUAGUUGGAAUUAGAAUUGCCCACACGCGGAAGCAGCCCGCGAGCAAAUUGAUCAUUAUGUUGCUAUACUGAUUCCCAAACAAGAAAAAAAGUGUUCGGUUUUGGAAGCCGUCCAAGUGUUGAAACCGUGCAAAAGAGCAUAACAAAUCUUAAAAGAAUAACAGGCAAAAAAGGUAAUAAAUAGUCCGCUACAGUGAUACGCACGCAAAAAAACACACAUACACCGCCGGCUGAGGUAGAUGGCGGGGUGGGCGAAGCGAAAAAGUGGUGGCGAAUAAAAAUAAAUAAAAGUGCUAAUCUUUUCUGAUGAGCAAAAAUUGUCGGUGGUGCGAUCGCGAGUUCGAAACGUCUUCGCCGCCGUUGCUGUGGUUCGUUUCCGGUCGCCGGUGGCCGCCGGCGAAACCGAGCCAGCAACCGUGAACCGGAGCAAAAUCCCUCAAAUGACGCAGAUCGCAAGCAUUACCACAGCGACGAUCGUGAUUGAUCGUAAAGUGGAAAAACGUAGAGCAACCACCCGUGCCGGAACGAUGUGGAACAUUGCGGACGGGUUGGACGGUACGGUGGGGCACGCGGUGGCGGCAGCAAUGAGAAGACGAAGAAGCCAGAAUAGUCGGCGGUUGCACCAGUGGACGGUGCUGUCCGCCGCUACCAUGAUCCUGCUGUUGCUGCCGAGCAUUAGCGAUCGUAGCUCUGCCAAAGCAUCGACGAUUCACCGACAUACGGCCGAUGAUAACGAUACGUCGGCAAUGGUGCAGCAGGCGAAGGAUCAACAGCCGACGAACGGGAAGCAUUCCAACUCGCACGAGAACUUUCCCCAGCCGGCGAACGCCAACGGUGGUGGUGCCCUGGCGCCGGCCUCCCUCCAGGCAGCAUCGCCCCAAACGAUGACACUGACGGCGGAUAAAAAUAAAACCAAGCUACUCAAAUGUCACUGUGACAUUUGCAAGGAUGAAAACUUCGUGUGCGAAACGGACGGCCUUUGCUUUACCUCACUCACGCGCGAAGCGAACGGCACACUCAAAUACUCCUACAGCUGUAAGACGAAAAAGUACGACCUGGCCGAUCGGUUGCCCCUGAGUUGUCUAACCUCAAAGGAAAAGAGUACCUCCUUCAUGAUCGAGUGUUGUUCCACUGACUUCUGCAAUAAUAACAAACUCCUAACACUGCCUACACCAGCCCAAGAGGACGAAAAGUUGUCACGCUCGGUAUUCAUCACACUGUUAGCGAUCAUAAUCUUGCUGUUGGUCGUGUUUGUCACCUUCCUGGUCUUCUACGGACGCCGCAAACGUAACAGUGGCGCACGGCAAAUUCUGCCGGAAGAUUCGGUGUGCGGUGCAAGCUAUCCGAUCCUGAACGGGCAUACCACCAUACAGGAUUUCAUUGAGAUGACCACAUCCGGAUCGGGUUCUGCUGGACUCCCAUUGUUGGUGCAGCGCUCGAUUGCUCGUCAGAUACAGCUGGUCGAGGUUAUCGGCAAGGGACGCUUCGGUGAGGUGUGGCGCGGUAGAUGGCGGGGCGAGAAUGUGGCCGUGAAAAUAUUUUCCAGCCGUGAGGAAUGCUCUUGGUUCCGGGAAGCCGAAAUCUAUCAGACCAUCAUGUUGCGCCAUGAGAACAUACUUGGUUUUAUCGCCGCUGACAACAAAGAUAAUGGCACCUGGACACAGUUGUGGCUGGUAACAGAUUAUCAUGAGAAUGGUUCACUGUUCGAUUUUCUCACCGCGCGCUGCGUCGAUCCGGACACGAUGCUGGAAAUGGCGUACUCGAUAGCGACCGGACUGGCCCAUUUGCACAUGGAUAUUGUUGGGACGCGCGGUAAACCCGCGAUCGCUCAUCGUGAUCUAAAGUCGAAGAACAUUCUGGUCAAAUCGAACCUCACGUGCUGCAUCGGAGAUCUCGGGCUGGCGGUGCGUCACAUUGUAGCCACCGAUACGGUUGAUAUACCGUCGACGCAUCGCGUCGGUACCAAGCGCUACAUGGCGCCAGAGGUCCUGGACGAAACGAUCAAUGUGUAUCAGUUCGAUUCGUUCAAACGGGCGGACGUGUACGCCCUGGGACUUGUACUGUGGGAGAUCGCCCGGCGGUGUAAUGUCGACGGCAUCUACGAUGAGUAUCAGCUGCCUUUCUACGAUGUGGUGCAACCAGAUCCCACCAUCGAAGAAAUGCGAAAGGUUGUCUGUGUGGAUCAGCAACGUCCUAGCAUACCCAGCCGAUGGAUUGCCUGCGAAACACUGCACGCAAUCUCGAAGGUGAUGAAGGAAUGCUGGUAUCAACAUCCAGCCGCCCGUUUAUCAGCCCUCAGGAUCAAGAAAACGUUGGCAAAUCUGCGCUAAAACGCGAACAGGAUGGCCCGAACGUUGGCCAAUCACAGGAGAAAACACUGUUUUUAACAAACGUACUAUUUAACAUAAUAACGCCCGUGUGGGUGUGCGAUACAGCAGCGAAUGGAAACGAAUACAGAAACGAAUGAGCAAAAGUUUCGCGAAAAAACGAUGAGAUAAGGAGACAAAAAACUAGUGACAGAGUGAAAACAAACACACAGCUAAGCUAAAUAUAAAAUCCAUUUUUAAUCGUAAGCAAGUUUAGUUGGAUAAGUAAUGUGGAGUAGUGGUAUAUGUUUCGUAUAAGUACAUAAGGCAAACAUAACAAAGCAGGGCAUGAGUGGGAAGUGUGUGUUUGUGUAAAGUAACAUGGAUACGAUUAAUGCAUGUUCGGUACUGAGUGAAUGAGUAUGAUUGAGAGAGUUAAAAAACAGAGGCAUAUUGCCAAUCUAUAUAUACACAGAUACACCCAUGCUACUAGUGGCGAGAAUUCUAAUCGAAAGUACGUCGCGUGCAUUAUUAUUGGAAUAAUUUUCUUUCUUGUGUAUUGUCGCCAAUCUUGGAGUUGCGUAAAAGAGAGCUAUUGAUUUUUAUGUAAAAUAUGAUUUAACAAAAAAACAAUUGUUUGUUUUUAGUUUUAGCAUCCUACUUGCUUGUAUUAAAACAGUCAUCAUGAUUGAAUUUAAAGAACAAAGACUAGAAACAUAUCCACUCCUUUUUUUAACAAACAAAUCGUCAACCUUAAUAGCAUAGUGCAGACAACUAAAUUUAAGGAUUUUGCAUCACACAAUGAAGUAAACGAACAGAACAGGAUAACAAGUUAACGAAUCAAUGCCACAACUACAUGGCACAUAAAGUCAAAUACCCAAACACACAUACACUACAAAUCAUACAUGCAAAUCUAUGACGGCCAAUUAAACGCAGCAACGGCUACAAGGAACAUUGAACAAAAAGAAAAGUAAACGAAGAAAACACUUCAAUACCUCCAGUUUUGUUUAAACAGAUACAGCUACAUCAAUCGAAUGACGGAAAACGGUCCCGUUGACAAAUGGACGUUUCGAGGAAGUAAAGGUAGAUUUAACUAUUUACGUGAGGUAGUAUUGGUAGGUUAUAGCAUGCGUUAGUAAAACUUGAAUUCAUCAGAAACUUACACUAUCCAAACGCUUUUUGUUUGUGCAUACUAAAACUGCGUGCAAAAUUCCGUGUAUGUGAAUCCACCGAAUUUCAUCGAGCCAAGGAGUGAUCAUCCAAUGUUUUGAUAAGAGACAGAGAGCUUUUGUUGUGUGAUUUAUCCAUUUCAUUGGCUUUUGUAUUCAGUCCACCCCAAAAAACGGGUUUUGUAUUGCUAACAUUUCGAGAGGCACGCACACAGUAGUAUAAGUAUUGUAACCUAAAGCGAGAUGAUGUAUGUGGAUCAUUUCCCUGAUAAAAGAUACCUGGUGUAAAGAAAGUUUGUUCACUCUGCAUUUAGAUUGCAGAUUUGCGUCAGAAAGCUAUCGAAAGUGUGUGUUUGUGUGUAGCGGCAAAGGGAGAGAGGUCAUGUAGGGUAGGUGAAGAAUGUAAAGAUACAAAAGUCUACAAAUCUAAACAAAACCGGAACAUUACCUGUAUCGAUUGCUUCCACAGAACAUACAUAAAUACACACUCAAAAAGAAGUUAAGAAUAAACACAAAAGUGCACAAUACAAAGGAAGGGAAAGAGACAAGAUUAAAAAAAGGAGUCUAAUAAUGCAAUAUAGAAACACUCUAGAGUACUUUAGAUGAUGAGGGUGUAAAAAAUGGAGCAAAUUAUUAAAGUAAAGAGAAACAAUACCAGUGAGCAAAGGAAGAAGAGAUGUAACUACUAAAAAUGUACCACGUACCAUAAUGAUGUCGCCGAUACGGAUGACCACAGAAGCAAAGCUGAAAUCUGCUCAGAUGCCCUUCAGGUUCAGGUUGAAUUCUACCCCUACAUGCAUAUGCCCUGUGUGUGGUGGUGUAGAACGAAACAUAAGUUCAUAAAAUGCAACAUGAUACUGCCGUUUGCAUCAAACACGCAAACAAACACUAAUCCAAACCCCCAAAAGCACACAUACACGUAUGAGAUUAUAGAGGAAUGACACUGAAGAGAGGAGCCGUAAAAAGACAGAUUUGGGCGGAUUUUCGUAGGAUUGUGGAGUAGUGAGUUGUGCAAAACUACCCUGCAAUAUUCAGUGCAUUCUUCCCCUUAUUCCGUUCAGGUUAUUCAGUUCAAACGUAAUAGAUUAGUAAAUUCGCGAACUCCCGGCCAUCAUGAUGGUGUGUCGAGAGCGGCAGCUCAACUCCUUUUCCGCCAUUGAGCGAUAAUAGGAUAUGAAGAGAGGUAGGAAAAACUAGACACAUUUUUCAAAGACACCUAUGUUCUAUGGAAGGGACAUACGAGAACAUUGCUAGUGGACGCUAGAACCAGUGAACAAUCAAACCGUUUGCCAAACAUUCUUCCAGAUCAACAACAUGAAACCCUCCCGUUCCGCAAUCCACACAAUUCCUGCCACGUCACACUAGGAAUUGUUUGAGUGUGUUUUUAUUUGCAUGUUUACUCCUGGAGACAGUUUUAUCUACGAAUAACUAACGCUACUAAAAUGUUCCGAAUCAGUAGUAGAAGCAAGCAGAGAGAGAGAGAGAGAGAGAGAGAGAGAGAGAGAGAGAGAGAGAGAGAGAGAGAGAGAGAGAGAGAGAGAGAGAGAGAGAUAAAGAGAGAAAGAGUACAAGAAAACAAAAGCGAGUGAAAGUAAUCGAGAUGGGGUCUGGUAAUUAAAAGCGAUAGAUUUUUCAGGGGUUGGUUGAUGAAACGCGGUUGAUGAAAGUAAUGCGGUUGAUGUAAUGCGACCCAACCGGUAGAGCAUUUAAUCGUUGAAUAUCGACAGGAAUGGAGUGCAGCUCGAUAGAUAAACAGCAGUUAUGUAUAGAAACGCAGGGAAAGUUGGAUGCUACUGUUAAGGUGGAAAAGAUGAUAACGAUUAGCGCAAUCAGUGCGUUUUACAUGAAAGGAAAAGCACUAAUCCUUUAUAUAUUGUAUAAGCUAGCCGGUACACACCUACACUCGUAUGAUUCCAAUAACGUUUAACUUUAUGUUACAGUUGUUAUGUUACAAUUUUCAAUCCAAACUACACAAACGCAUGCGUUACGCUUUCUUACCCUCCUCACACCAAAUAUGUUCGACAGCUCCAUUGUCUUAACUCGUAGUGUAGUAGUAACUCAUCUGUAAUGAGUAUGAGGAAACGAUCGUACAUGGUUUGUCCGGUGCGAAAACUGGUCAGAAAACUGCACGUUUAAAGCUACCUCGAGAUGUACGAAACAGGGAAGUACAUAACAAAGGCUAAAUACUUUGCUGAAGUUAAGUUUUCGUUGAGUAACUGGUGAAUUGAACAUUUUAAUUGCAUUUACGUUCUGAGCAUAAUCCUGAGUCAUUAAAGAGAAUAAUGUUUGCUUUUUAAUUGUCCUUUCGUUCUAAUUCUUCAAACCAAAUUCCUUUUUUGUUUCUUUGAGAAGCUAUCGGUUUGUGUAUUUUGCAUUGUUUUGGAGCCUUACACCGAUCGGUACAAAGCUGUAGUUCAAAUAGAUGUUGGUGUGUGAUAGCAAUAUUCAACUGUUGAACAACUAGACGAAUGAACGGAAAAGGGGAAAAAAACAAAAGAAGGCGAUAAUAUAUGUGCCAGAUCGUUGACCAGACGUUCCGCACGAGGACAAAACCACUGUAUGACAUCGUACGGCACACGGUAGACAAUGGGCUAUGUUUGUUUCGAACACCGGAUACCAUACACUACACUCUCACACAAACACAAAUACACCAACAAACAAACUAACCAAGCAAUAGUAUUAGGUGUGAAGCACACCGUCCACAUACCAAUAGAGCAACCAGAACACUUCCACCACAGCAUUACCAUAUUCUACAAUAUACAAGCACAAGAACCAAUACUAAUAAGCACCAACCGCCCAUAGCCAAACACGCAACCGAAACAAUAGUUUUUGAAUGUUUAUUUUGUUUGUGUUUUUUUUACCAAGCAAUUUUUUGUUCCAAAUGAAAGUGUGAUCAAUCAAUUUUUUAAUAAUCUAAGUUUAUUCGUUGCCUUUCACGCAUAUUUGUAAUAUUGUAAGCAACUUCCCCCAUUACGCCUUUAAUUAACUGUGGCCAAUCAACGGCAAAAAGAAAGAUAAUCCUUUUAUAGUUACUAUAAGUUUACAUGCAUAGAACUGGUUUAGAUAGAAACCAGUUAAACACUACACAUACUAUCCUUGUAAGUAUAUUUUGCGUAUGUUUAUCUUUUUUUUUUCGUUUACUUGAAAAGGGGAAUAAUACUGUUCACAUGCAGUAAAAUCCAACUACACAAAACAAUUAAAGAGAUUUUCUUGUAACAUUUACAAGAACCUUAACGGAAGUACCUAUUUGAGUUGAUUCCUUUUUUCGAUGUAAACCUUUAAGAAAUAGUUGCUAACUUUCUUUACAAUCUGAGAAUGCAUGGUGUAUCUUUUGGAGGUAUCAGUGAGAGGAAAGUGCAGCGCAACAAAAAUAGACCUGAUGUUCAUUAAUUGUUCUAAACGAGUGUUUGUGUAAUAAACGAGGGAAAAGGAAGAUUGAAGCAAAUGAAACAAACACGAAAAUGGUUGGAUGGUUGGAAAAAAAAUGAAUUUUCAUAUUUGAGAAGAAACGAAACGAGAGAGAGCGAGAGAGAGAAACAAAAACAGAGAUGAAUUAAAAAAAGAGAAAAGUUAGUAGGAAUUGAGUUGGUACGCGGAAGCGCAGAAAAGGGCGUGCAGUUAUGAAAGAAAACAGCAGAAGUAAAGCAUAACUUAUGAUAAUACAGUUUGCCCUCGUCCUGACCCGUUCCCUCCCCCGCUCCGUAUCCUUUUCUCCCCAGAGCAUCUAAUUCACGUGUGUUAAACAAACAACAACAAAAAGUCUACAAAACAAAUCUAACUUGAACACAAAGAAAGCAAGCAAGAUACAAACAAAAACAUAAAUGGAUGUAAAGCUAAUGCCCAGAUGUAAAACAGACAAAAACAAAAUGGAGAAAGUGAAACGGUAGAAGUGGAAGGAACACAAAGUGUGGAAGGAAAAUUAUAUAACAAGCAAAUGUAACACAAACAAACACACAGAAAAAGCUACAAAGUUGUUAAAGGAGUAAGAGAAUUUUGAAUGGUAAAAGUAAAGGGUGGGGGAAAGAAACAGGAAGCAUUACGUUCGAAGCUAUUUAAUGUGGGGAAAGCUGCGGUUACAGAAGCAUACAUUUGAAUAUGAGGUUAAACUACCUUUUUGCUUACAUUAGAACGUGCUAAGAAGAAACCGCUAUUGAUAUGGAUAGAAGAACGGGGGAACAGUUUGUCAAUGUUUAACGAUUAUCAUUACCUUACUUACAUUGGAAUGUUUCUAACACAAAGCUGAGUGAAGGGAGAUGCACGAGAAGUGAAGGAAGGAAGACAGCAUGUACCCAGUUUGCUCAAAUAAUUACCGCCGUUUGGAAUGAAAUGAACCUUCGUCAUUUGGUAAUCCCUCACCCAGUCGAGAUUAAGUUCAGUUUCCUUCCAUCUGUUCUUCUAGGUUUUGAAACGACUCAACAUACGUUUAAUACAUAUUUACAGAAUGAUUUAAUUGUUUGUUGGGUCAGUAAUACCAAAUGCCCCCCUCACACAAACACACACAUACACACAAUAUCCCACGCGUCAUAUCUAGCCCGCGAGUGCCAUCAGUGUGCGUGCUAUUGUCGCAGUACUGAAACCACAAAACCCCGCAAAUAAUGUUAUGUUCUCCUUUUGCAAACGAUAUAGAAGAAAGUAGCAGCAUCUAGAAAGGGAGAAACAAGAAACUUUGCUUUGAAAGAUGGCGAAAAGAAAGAUGUCUCCCAAGUUUGGUACUUUACUACUUUGGGUAGUUGUUUUGUCCCCUAGCGUUUAGAGCAGAUUAGGUACUGCUGUAUACUUCUUGUAGGAAUGUGUCCCCUAGGAAGGAAGCAACAUUAGUUCGGAAACCUAACCUAUCGCUUAGAGCACAGUGCGACACAGUGCGUAACCGUAACUAAUUUAAUGAUAAUAUUGCAGUACGGUUAUGGUUUUGUUAUCAUCCUUGGUUUGGUUUUGCAAGAUAACAAAACAAAACAUACAACACUGGAAGGAGCAGGAAGGAUAGCGUUAAGUGUAGACUGUAGUAUAUGUACGUCGGUUAUAAUUUACUACCUCAUUUGUUUGAUAAUUACUGUUGUACGUUCUUUUUAGUCGUACGAUUGUGUUUCGCUGAGUGUGAAGAAAAGAUAAAAGCAAGACGGCUGCACGAUAAUGGUUUUAUUUAAGGUUAUUUUAAAACCUUAAGCCACAGACAUAACCACACGUAUACAGCAUACCCUCGUUCACAUCUAUAAGUAUAUUCAUAUCAUUCAUUGUGGAAUAAGUUAAUAUGAGUUAAUUUCUUAAAGAAACUAAAACCAUUGAAUUCAUAUAAAACAAGCACCUCAUUCUUUAAAAGGAAAUAGCACGGUUUGGAGGAAGAAACGAAAGUAAACACAAUGGGAAAAGAAAUCAAAAUUGACGGAUUUGGCUAUAAAUAAUGGAAAUGUUUGUCUAAAAACAAGAAGAAAACAAAACGUACAAAGUACGAAGAAACAUAAGAAACGUUGUGCUUAUCAUGAUAAACACAAUAGAGAAGAAAACAGAGUGAUUAACUCAGCAAAAACAAAGGGAAACUCCAACUAAAAGAAAUGAGUAAAAAAUAAGGAAACGAAAUUAAAAAUGCAAUGGAAGCGAAGCUUUGGACAAAAGGAUAUCAGGAAAAAAAGUCUGCAAAAAACAAAAGAAGAAAAUAGCUGAAAGCAAAAAAUAGCAUUUAGAGAAAAAAAACGGUUGGACAAAAUCGUUUACCAAAAAGAAUUCUUAAAGGAUGUUGUAAGCGGGCAUGGGUGCCGCCAAAGGUGAAUGAUAUUUUUGCUUUGCAAACUUUGUUUUUAACCGUCUCUACAUGGCAGCCAAGGAUUGAAAAUGGAAUCACUUUUGUACAAUUCCCUACUGAUUUAUGAUUAAACUAAGCGCACUAAUUACAAUGAACUGGUUAAACGAGCAGAUGUAAACUGUGUUGCGUAUGUGCGACUAUGAAGGAGAGGAUAAUUGUUCUGUCUCUACCUUUUGUUCUUGUUGGGGGCAGAUAAAAUACUGUUCCCCGGUACUGCUCAUUAUAAUUAGCUUAUCAGUACAUUUUGAAUAUUAUAAUUAUGGAAAUUAUUAUUGAACUCUUACACGGUAUAAUGAUUGCAUUACGUGUACACUCAACACACCCUACACUACUGUGAACCCCAACAAUAUACUACUAUAUAUUAUUGUCAUGAUUAUUCUAAUUAUAUUAUAAUCCUAUAUUUAGGUAUGAGAGAUACAGAAAGAGAACAGAUACAUAGAGAGAGAGAGAGAGAAAUGAAAAGAUAGUAAACGAAUGGAGUAACUCUUGGUAAAAUGCUAAUUUACACACGGCAGACUCGCCAAGAUACGCAUGCAAAACGAACUAUUCUCUUAUUAGUAUAAGUGAGAAACAAAAUAACAAAAAAGGAGAAGAAAAAAAUCAACAGCUAUACAAAAACAAACAAACACAAAACAAACAUGUAUGGUUGACGGAGUAAUACGGGAAUAUGGAGAAUAAAGAAGAAAACAAAAUCGUUCGGAAACUAAACACAAACACUUCAAGAUAAAGAGCGAUUCAGCCAAUUACAAACGAUAAAACCAAGGUAAAGAUGGCCGAUGUCGCUUUACCGAUUGCCGUCAGUUGGUGAACCGGAUGAAGAUUAAAUCUACUGUAUCGUUUUGUUUCUUUCAUCCUCUUCCUCCACCAACACAAACACACAUAUAUACGGAUAAAAUGCUUACAAUAAAGCAAGAAACAUGUAAAGAAAACUAAGUAAGGUGUAAAACAGCAAAUUUUGAAAUACGGUCGGUAUGUGACAGUGAUGAAAGAAAGGAAAGAUAAAUAUUAACAUAGACUGUAGCGUAAGGAAGAAAGAUUGAACACAUAAGUUAAAGAACGAAAAACAAAAGGGAUAGGAAACACAAACAUUAAAAUAAAAUAAUAUAACAAAACACCCCCCCCCCCCCCCCACACA